CAACUUCAUAUCAGUCUGGACUUAGUUUUUGGUUGCCAUGGACUGGAUCACUUUAAUUCUUUCUUUGAUCGUCAUUGUAAUUUCAGCCCAUCUAUUAUUUUCGGAGAAUCACCCGAAUGCGCCCCCUUGCAUAAAAGGAUGGAUCCCCUGGCUCGGUGCUGCUCUAGAAUUUGGAAAAGCCCCGCUGGAUUUCAUUGCCGAGGCAAGAGCUAAGCAUGGCCCGGUGUUCACCAUCCGCGCCGCCGGGAAGCGCUUGACCUUUGUGACCCUUCACGAGGACUUUCGCACCUUCUUCAUGUCCAAAGACGUGGACUUUGAGCAGGGAGUGCAGGACGCCUGCUACAACACAGCCUCCAUCAGCAAGGAGAGCUUCUUCAAGUUCCACCCAGCAUGCAAUGCUCUGAUCAAGGGCAGGCUGACUCCCGGUAACACCGCUAUGCUGGCCAAUCACCUGUGCGAUGAAUUCAACGAGCAGCUGGAGUUGCUAGGCGACAAUGGAACCGGGUGUCUAAAUGACCUUGUCAGGAGCGUGAUGUACCCAGCUGUCAUGAGUAACCUGUUGGGCAGGUGUAACUCCCCGCAGCAGACCCGCUCCAUGGCGGAGUUUAAGGAGCGCUUCACUGUCUAUGACGAGGGCUUCGAGUACGGCUCCCAGCUGCCAGACAUGUUCUUACGGGAAUGGUCCACUGCCAAGCACUGGCUGCUUUCCCUGAUGAACAGCAUGAUAGACAGAGCAGAGGACGGCGAAUACACAGACACGGGGAGGAAGACUCUACUGCAGCACCUGGUUACCACGAUAACGGACAAGUUCCUCCCUAACUACGGCCUGCUAAUGCUGUGGGCCUCCCUCGCCAACGCAAUACCAAUAACGUUUUGGGCCAUCGCGUUCAUGAUGUCCAAACCUUCGACCUACAAAAAGGCCAUGGAGGAGAUCAAGGACGCGCUGGAAGGCCAAGACACUAAAAAGACGAGUAUAACGCUAGAUGACCUGCAGAAGAUGCCGUACGUGAAGUGGUGCAUCCUGGAGGCCACUCGCCUGAGAGCUCCGGGCGCCAUCACCCGCAGGGUCGUACGGCCCCUCAAGCUACAGAACUACAUCAUCCCUCCAGGAGACAUGUUGAUGGUGUCUCCAUACUGGGCGCAUCGCAACCCAGAGUACUUCCCCGACCCUGAGGAGUUCAUACCUGAACGUUGGGAGCAGGCGGAUUUAGUAAAGAAUGUUUUCCUGGAAGGCUUCGUGGCCUUUGGAGGAGGCAAAUACCAAUGCCCAGGCAGGUGGUACGCAAUAAUGGAGCUGCAUAUGUUCGUGGCCUUGAUUCUCUACAAGUUUGACUUCACGCUGUUGGAUCCUUUACCCAAACCGAGUUCACUGCACCUGGUGGGCACUCAGCAACCAGACGGCCCGUGCAAAGUGGACUACAGGCACCGGUAGUGACACCUCAUCGCCACCAGGGGGCCCCUCUACACGUUCUCCAGUCUGCAUCAACACCUCACACAGAGGGAGUUCUUUCCACUAUGCGGACUUCCGUCCACCCUUGCUCGCUCGCCUCCUUGUGACCUCGUGAUGACGUCACCGACAACAGAACUGUAUAUCAAUAUCUCACAAAAUCUCGAUUCUAAUGUCAUUUAUUUUCUCAAAUGCAAACGGGAUGAAAAAAAUUGUUGUGGCUAGGCUGACAGCGGGGAAACUUUUGUUGUUUUCUGCACGGAGGCGGGGUGACACAAGCACAGACCAAGGACGGCAGUCCGCAUGUUGGAAAUAACCAAGGCUCUCUACUCAGACUCAUCUCAGAGCGGAUCCUCUUCAACAAAGACCUGUGGAAAUGAAUGGACAGUUAAUAAAGCAUUGUACUGUAUGGCUAAGAAAGGCCAGUGUGCAGAAUUCCCUAACAUUUAGUGUCUGCACUGAAUUGAUGGAGGGGGGAAAACAAGAGCGAUAAUAGCUUCUUCCUUAAAAAUACAGUACAUUCCACCCUUUUUUAGUCGAAUGCCUCUUUCCAUUAUCUCCAAUAUGGCCGUAACUACCAUUGAGGACACAGAGGUCAUGUCCUCUGCCUUUUUGUUCAGUAAACUAAACUUUAUCUAUGAUGAAAAUCGAUAUAUGAUCAACAAUGAUAAAUUCAGUCUGUAUACGCUACCCCCAUUUAUCCUCAAGGCAGUGAUUAUUGAAAACAAACAGUUUUCUGAAGUGUUUGAAGUGUUGCAUUCUAAAUAUAUAGUAUGCAGUUCAGUAUACAGUAUUUGACCCCGGUAUUUGAAAAUGUCUCGUUACGGCCCUGAUUUCCAAAGCAUAUUAAAUUCACAAGGGUCCACAAGGGUCCUUGCGUACAUAUUCCGACGCUGCUGUCCCUGCUGUCUAGAGCACAUAGGUAACUUCUGAUUGGUCUAGCUGUGCCCUUCCCAAAACCAUCCCUAAACCUAACCUGUCAGUAAUGCUGUGUUUCAUAGUUUUACAACUGUGCCCUUCCCAAAACCAUCCCUAAACCACACUUGUCAUUAAUGCCACGUUUCUGAGUUUUAAAUGUGUGCCCUGACCAAAACUUUCCUUAAACCUAACCUGUCACGGACAGCUGCAUGACCACUGCGCAUGUGUGUCAAAGAGAAUGCGUCGUAAACGCGACGCAAUUUCAGUUUUUGUUUUGCGUGAGAAAUGAGACGCAAUUCGUUUGAGAUCAUGAUGCCUCUAUGGCCUCAGAUUACAUUGGGAACACUAAUUAAGAGACCAAGAGUGGGCCCUGCCGUGGCUGAUAUGGUAGGGCACUCGUCUACUAUGCGGCUGACCCGGGUUCGAUUCCUGGCCCGGGUCCUUUGCCGGCCCUUCCCUGUCUCUGUCUCUCCCCACUUGCUUCCUGUCACCAUCUUCACUAUACUAUCAUAAAUAAAGUCAAAAGACCAAAAAAUAUCUUUAAAAACAAUGAAGAGACCAAGAGCUACAGGGACCAAGAAAUACACAGUUAAACAUGCUGUGCUAAUGCAACACUUAGAGAGUCAAUUUAAAGGGACACUGUGUGAGAUUUGUAGUUGUUUAUUUCCAGAAUGCAUGCUGCCCAUUCACUAAUGUUACCUUUUUCAUGAAUACUUACCACUACUACCAUCAAAUUCUAAGUAUUCAUUGUGACUGAAAAAAUUGCACUUUUCAUACAUGAAAAGGGGGACCUUCUCCAUGGUCCGCCAUUUUGAAUUUCCAAAAAUAGCCAUUUUUAGCUGCAAAAAUUACUCUACUUGGACCAUACUAGGAAAUAUGUGUUUAUUACGUAGUAAACUUUCAUGUAAAGAUCAAAUUUGGCAAUAGGCAGCCCAGUUUCAAUGGACAGCAUAGUUGCAGUACCUUUUUUGUCCAUUUCCUGCACAGUGUACCUUUAACAUCCUCGGAAGUGUAUUGACGCCAGGCGGCUCUCAAUUGUUUUUUUUACUGUGUAAGAAAAGUGUGUUCAUUAGUGGCCCAAUUGUGUAUAUACUAGACUUCAAGAUAAUCUGUUUUUAUUAUGAAUCGUAUGUACAUGUAAGUGCUCCUGACCAGCAUUUUGUGUUGACCACAUCGGCCUCUCAUCAUUAAUUAAGUCAUGGAACUACAGUGCCUUGCUUCAUAAUCUCCUACGCACUUUAGAUGGUAAUCUUUUACAAUUACCAGCUGCACACUUGUUGCAAUAAAGCAAUUUACAGUU